AAUAAGAAAAAGUAUUUACAUUUUGAAUGAGUUUUAUUGCAUUAAAUGAACAUGUUGAAGAUAAAAAUCAAAAUAAUUUUUGAAUGUAUAAUUAUCUUAUUAAAAAUCAGUUUUUAUUUAUCCCGUCGUACAGUUAUUGAAAGUAGAUCAAGUGUUGUAUACGAUUCCUAUGGAGAUGAUUCUUCUAAUUCUACUGAUGAUUACAAUAAUGCAACAUUUCCUAAAGAAUUUGAUGCUUUUUCUGGAAAGUCAUACUUCUCAUACGAAGAUACAAAAGAUCCAUUCAACGAAGUAAAUGUAACGAAUGACUAUUAUUUUGAUAAUAAAAGUCGUGAAAUAUAUUCAGAUGAUAAUGGAUGGUAUAAAUAUGAUUUUAAUGAUGAAUCUAACGUGAAUGAUGAAAAUGAUGAUGAGAAAAAUGAAAACGAUAGAGACUAUGACAGUGAUUAUUAUACAGGGAGGGAUCAGAACGAAAUCUGGAGUAAACAGUAUGGGUUAGAAAGUCAACAAACCAAUGAAACAAAUUAUACAUCUCAUAGUCCUAGGGAAAACACAGAGUGAAAGGAAAACCGAACAUCGACAACAACGACAACACCGAUGACGUCAUCAUCAAGAGACGUUAAAGGUUGAGAUGAUGUUACAUUAUUUAUUAAAAAAUAAGAUCCCAUAUUUUUUAUAAAGAUGCGUACAGAAUAACUGAUAAAAGUAUACUUAAAAUUACUGAAAA